AUGACAGGUAACGGCGGAGAGCUUACGUGGUAUUUUUCGCAAGUAAAGGGAUCUGUAGAGGAGGAUGUUGCAGAAGCUGACAUCAUUUCCUGUGUUGAGUUCAACAGUGAUGGUGAACUCCUAGCAACAGGUGAUAAAGGUGGUCGGGUGGUUAUUUUCCAGAGGGACAAAGCU